CUUUACCACCCUUAGAUGAUGAAUCUUGAUAAACCAAUCCAGUUUCUACAACUCAAAGAUGUUGGUCAGCCAUCUACCAGUGCCUGCUGCUGAAUCCAGGGCAGGUGAUGCCAGUGUGUGAUGAGUGCGGUGGUGAUGAGUUCACCAUUGAGAACGGCUUCUUUGUGUGCGACGAGUGCCACACCCAGUCGCAGGAUGUGCGCGACUUCGUCAAUGACGAGCUGUUCACGCCUGGCCGCAUCGUGGGCGUGCGCUCGACCGUCAUCAGCGAGAAGACGCGCGCCGAGCGGCAGCGGCGCAAGCAGGCCAAAGCCGAGCUGGUGCGCCGUCACCAGCUCACCACGCAAGAGGUGGUGAACACCCUACUGGAGCGCUGGACGGCGCGGCUGGUGGCGGCCGGCGCGCCCAAGGCGUUGCCGGAGCGCACUGCACAGCUGUGGGCGUUCUACCUGCGCCGGCUGCGCGACGAGGACUGUCUGAGCAUGCGCUGGCCGCGUGACACGCAGGCGUACUCAGUGCGCGGCACGCUCUGCCUGAUCUGGGUGGCGUUGGCUGACUGCGACCCGGUCUACCGGCUCUCCGACAUGGCGCGCUGGGUGCGGGAGGGGAUUCUGUCCGCGUUCUCGCCCUCCAACGAGUUCCCCGAGGACGUGACCUACCGCUGGUCGACUAUGUCUGUGAAUGGGCAUUUGACUGUGCACCUCAUGUGGAUUCAGCUGCAGAUGAUGCGGUCGGUGCUGCGCAUCACCUCGUACCCGCGGCCCCCGCUCAGUGCUGUGCUGGACCGGCUGCUGUCGGAGCUGGCGCUGCCGACGCAGCUGGCGCGCGUGGUGGCGAACGUGGCUCGCGGCAUGCCGCCGCUGGACGACCUGCGCCCGGAGGCGUGCGCCAUGGCGCUGAUUCUGGUGACGCUCAAGAUACUGCUCGGACUGGACGACGUGACGGAAGUGCGCAACUCGGCGGUGGCCGCGACGCGCAACGCCACCGAGCCAAACGGACCGCGCUGGUUCGUCUUCGCCGAGUGGCUACAGCACUUCCGCGAGUGUCGAGACGCCGUCGGCAGCUGUCACUACCCGACGCUGGAGGCGACCGGCGGCGUGGACCCGUGCCGACGCCAGCACCGGCGCCUCUUCUUCGACUACUUCCAGCGCGACGCCGUGUUCCGCUUGCGUUACGAGUCGGACAAGCAUGGCCCGUCCGUCCGCUUGCGCGAGUUUAUGCUGCGCUCCGGCCAGCUGUUCGGUCGGCCCGACGAGGCCGAGAAGGAGGCGGACGCGGCGCCUGCGGACGUGGGUGACCUGCUGCGACCGAUGGCGUCCCGCCUGGCCCGCUGCUCCGCCGCCGAGCACCUGCUGGCGCGCGGCGCGCAGCUGCGCGACGCCCGUGUCGACUUUCUGCUGGAUGAGGCACACGUGCGCAGCCUGGCCGCGAAGGGCGUCGAGGUGGGCGUGAAGCGCACGGCGGCACGCCGGCGCGUCUGCUGCCAGCGAUUCGGAAAACGCCGCCCGUGGGUGAUGCAGUUCGUUUCGGAUCGCGCAGACGUGUCACCGGAUUGGCCGCCGCCGCAGCCCGCCGCCGACGGCGGUGACGACGACGGCGGCGGCGGCGGACUGUGCCUGUAUAUGCCCGGCACGGAGGUGUGGGUGUGCCCGCGGAACUGGAGCAAGAAGCACAUGCAUCGCGGCGUUGCGGCGCGCACGUGGCCGUCCAGCUUCCAGCCGCGAGUCAAGGUUCACAUGUACGACACCGAGGCCAGACGCUGGCCGUUCAUCUUCAGGUUUCUGGUCGAGGCGCUGGCCGGCGUCAUCGAGCUGGCGCCACGGGAUUUCAUCGAAUUCUGCUGCGUCGUGGAGAAACACGUGCUGGAGCCGCCGCCGCGGAAGCCGCCGCCGCGUCAUGUGCGGAGGCCGCAUAAGAAGAGAGUCUUUAAGAGGCAGAGGGAGUCAGACAGCGAUGAGGAGGUCGAUUCUGCCGAUGACUGGGAAUGACGCGUCUGUCGUGGUGCACCUCGCAGCUCUUGAACUUCCAGCAGGGAUUUGUUCCUAUUGUGGAACGACGAGAGUAGAACGUUCUUGUUUAGUGUCAGCCCAGGCUCGAAGCGCACAAUGUUGUUCAUCGAAAGAGCAAUUUCAGUGCAUUUGCGUGUUUUUAAUACAGACCAGUCAGGCCAUUUCUGCAAGAAAUGUCCCGACUUGUGUU